AUGCCUGCAACUACCAGAACUAUGUCCAAAAGACUUCUCUCAUCUAUUUCAAAGCAUGUAGAGUUGCAUCUUCUCAAAGUUUCCUCCUCAAAGGCCACUUUACAAAAAGUUGUCGUUAAACCAAAGCGUCGCCAGAAACAUUCCAAGCACCACAUCAGACGACAAGCAAAGAAAAAAACCCACCCAAAUCAAGAUUCUAAACAACAGAAGCCUGCCAGAGGACACACAAACAUUGAUUUGUCAGAUCUCCCUUCUACCACUAUCACUCACUGGCCUUGUCGUAUCUGUGAUUGUGAUUACCCUCAAGGAGUCUUCGAGCUUUUAGUUCCUAUCUGUGUCAACUGUGGACACGAGAUGAACGACCAUGCACUUCCUGAUUUCAGUUCAUGGAAUACACGCUGCAAUUAUGUUUGCGAAAGACCAGAUCUAGUUUCUUCAGUUCUGCAACUUGCACUAAACACGGGAAUGGCGGUUAUUCGUGCUACACCUCUAGUGGUAAAGACAACUCUUCUUCGGUUGAUUGGAUAUCAUAUUAUUCUUCACAAUCCAGAGCUUGAGCCUGUGUUCGUUCAUUGGCUGCCCAAAAAUAGACGCAAUAAUGUUCCAUACCAAGAAUAUUUAGACGAACAGGUAACCUGGGCGCGAAAAGACAAUGCCAGAUAUCGUACACACAACCCUAACGCCAGACUUAUUUAUCUCAUUGACGAAGCUCAAGGCUCUUAUGAAGAUGAACAAUUUUGGGUUUCUGAGCUCAGAAGCCGCUACACUAGAUCAAGUCGAAUAUUUGUGCUUGUUUGUCUUUAUGGGGCUGCUGGCAUUUCUGAGAUUCAAGAACCGUUCAUUGAAUCGCAAGCUUCGAAAGUGGAAAGUGGACGAUCUCAAUCGUAUUGA